CGGCAGACAGAUUGAUGAACGAAUACGUCUCGAUCAACGAACGAACGGCCUGUCGCAUUUCUGUAUGCAUCCAUGCACGAGAAGCCUCUCGUCACACAACAAACAAACAAAACACCACCAUGACUGUCCACCCCUCCCCUCAGCCAGCAGCAGUAGCCCUGUCUCUCUCCAGCUUCUGCCGCCUCUCUUCACACAACGCCAACAGACUGCUCGUCGUUGAGUGUGCCUGCGUGGCCAUCAGCGGUGAAGGCACGCCAUUGACCCCAUCCUCCACCGCCCCAGCAUGUCCAUUCUGCAACACGCCAUCGCUCUCCAUCUCCCCCAGACCAGCAGCAUCAGCCAUGACCACCGCGGUGCCUUCCGUGGCAGCUGCCUGCUGAUGGCCUCGUUGGGUCGCCGGCUGCACGGUGUCUUCUUUGGCCGCCGGAUCGUUGCUGGCUUCGACUUGUUGAUCCUCGUCGUGUUCAUCUCGACUGCCCUCCACAUCCCAAUCCACAAUGCGGCGGACGGCCUCGCCGUCGGACGACAGCUCGAGGGCUGACGAGCCCUCCAGACACUCGCGGAUGAACUGAGUGGACACAACACACGACACACACGUGAUGCUAAGGUGUGACUGGAUGGGCGUGAGGGAGCUGGGCUUAUACGUUUAGGUCCUUUGAUGGUAGGAGGGUCUUCAUGCGAUUGAAGUUCGCAACGAGCUCGAGCGACACCCCUGAUGUGAAUGAGCACAACAGACACACAGACAUCCUUUGUGUGCUGGUUGUGUGUGGCGGCGGUUGGUGGGCUGGGCUGGGCUGGGCUGCUUACAUCCUUGGUCAUUGGCCUGUGACCUGAGGAACGCAUCUCGGUACCAGUUGUCAUCGCAAAAGUAGUAGUGCACCUGCCGCCUCACCGCCGCACGAGUGCGGUCCAACUUGCGCUCAACCAACCUGACACACACACACAGGAAGGAAUGGACACUGUCGAUAUGGAUGGCGUGGUGGGAUGCGGGAGCUGGUCAACUGACUUGGCGAUGUCUUGCCCCGGCAUGGCCACAAUCUCCCCCACCAGUGGAUGAUGAACCUUCGUCUCCCCACUACUCGUCGAUGCCUCACCACCACCACCACCAGCAGCCGGUGCUGUCUUGGGCGGCGAUGCCAUCCUCUUGUCCUUCUCCGCCUUCUCCCUUUCCCUCUGCCUCUUCUUUUCCCUCGCUGCCCUCUCCCUCUCAGAUUCGUCGCUGUCCUCUUCGUCGGCAUCGAUCACGUCAUAGACCACACGACGCUCCUGCUGCUCCUGCUGCUGCUGCUGCUGCUGUGGUUUGUCGGUCACGCCACCUCCGCCUCCACUGGCACUCCCCGCAGCUGCAGCCAGGCGAUUAAGCACGUACAAGGGGAGAGGGGGAGGGAGGGCGGGGGGAGCAGGGGCAGCCUUUGUUGGCUUGUCGGCAGGCUCCUUGGUCUGCUUCUUGGAGACCUUGACGCCCCCCCUGGGGCUCGUGCGCGGCCGGGAGGUGUGCACAGCCACCUGGAGUAGCUCAUCCUCUGUGUGCUCCACCUGCACAACGCAAUAGCACCACACACGUGUGUCGCGCUGCAGAUGCGUGUAGUGUUGCCUGUCCUGUCGUGGCUGCGUGACCUACCUUUCUGUUGUUGUAGUAAGAUUGUAGCCUGAUGGUUCGUGUGUCAAGGGCGAUGCCGACGCACCGCGCCAGCUUGAAAGCUGACACCUGCGGGCAGCCCUCCCUCAGCUCCAACACACGGUACUUGAUCAGCUCACCAACCUGAUGAUGAUAGCGAGCAUCGACACCAUGAGCAUCGUACACACACACACAUGGACGGCGAUCCGUAGCUAUGGCAUGUGGUGUGUGCGGACCCACCUUCGGCGGCCGAUUGAUGGGUCUGAAGUCGAACUUGGCCUCAUCGCCAUCCGCCAGGUCCUCGUCGAGGGCCUCUCCCUCUCCCUCUUCGUCGCCGUCCCCAUCCCCAUGUCCGUCUUGAUCCUCCACACCCAUCUGCUGGUCCGCAGGCCCGUCAGCGUGUUGCGGCGGUGCUGCCGGCAUUGUCUCAUCAACCACCGCCUCGGCAGCCACCCCUGCCUCACCAUGGUCUUCCUUCUUCGUGCGCCGCCUGCGUACUCGCUUGUGCCGCGACUCGCCCACUGCCGCUCCUGUUGCGUCCACCUGCUCGUCGUCCCUCGGCCGCUUGCCGGCGACUGCAUCUGGGGGAGGGAGAGGGACCCGGUCGAUGCUCCUCUCUGCCUGGCAGUUGUCAUUGUCAUGUGUCUGUGGCUCGGUCUUGACGGGCUGCAUGGGCUGGGCGAGUGGAGGAGCGGUGACGACCAUCAUCUCCUGCUCAUCGGUGCGGGCAGAGGCGGCAGCUACAGCAGCGGAGUCCCGCUGCUGACCCACCAGAUGCACCCUGACACUCACCAAAGCCAGAAGGUCAUGCAUUGCCGCUGUCUGUGUGCGUUGUGCAUGUAUGUGCCCACCGGACGACGUCAGUGUCCCGGAGGAUGCCCAGCGGCUGUGACGGCGGCAGCGUGAAGCCAUCCAGUGACAGAUAUGGCACACGAGGAGCAGCCAGGAAGCCGAACUGGCCCUGCAGGUGAGAGAUCAGCUCACUGAGCCAAGAGGACACACAACCAAGUGUAAGCAAGCAGUCCAUCCAUGCUCGUCAUGCAGGGCAGGCCCUCGGUGCGGCCAUCUGCCUUCCUCCUCCAUGUGUGUGUGCUGCCUCACCCGAUGUUGGUGAUAUUGUCAGACACGAGGACGAGCGACCGCCUCAGCGGCUCCUCAGUGGCGUCAAGUGCCACAGAGGCAUCAUCCAUCUCCACUCUCAGCC